GUUUGUGGUCUGUGUCGAACAAAAUGUCGGCACACGACGAACUCGUUCUCUGUUUGAGCUUCUUGUGGAAGUUGCUGUUCCACCUGCUGUUUGUGUGUCUGCUACUGCUUGCCGUGCUGAUCCUGCUGAUGUUGGCAGUGCGUCUGUGGCUGAAUGGCAAAAGGAACGCUCGACAUGCAAGGACGGGACGUCGCGCCGUGGCCUUCUUCCACCCCUACUGCAAUGCUGGCGGUGGGGGAGAGAGGGUGCUCUGGUGUGCGAUCAGGGCUCUGCAGCGAAGGUACUCGGAUGUUGACAUUGUGGUGUACACAGGCGACAUGGGCGUUUCGGCCCAUGAGAUUGUGGAUGGAGCACGGCGCGGAUUCAACAUCGUCCUUCCCCGACCGAUUCACUUUGUGUUUCUGAGGCUCCGAUUUCUCGUGGAGCCGAGCCUGUUUCCUCACUUCACCCUGCUUGGGCAAAGCAUGGGCUCAAUCUUCUUGGGAUGGGAAGCACUCACAGAAUUCGUCCCUGACAUUUACAUUGACUCAAUGGGAUACGCUUUCACUCUGCCCCUUUUCCGCUACCUGGGAGGAUGCGGGGUAUGCGCUUACGUCCACUACCCCACAAUCAGCACCGACAUGCUGUCGGUGGUUCGAGAAAGGAACCCCAGGUUCAACAACCCAGGUUACAUUUCUGACAGUCUGUUCCUGAGCGCCUUCAAGGUGCUCUACUACUGCCUGUUCGCUGUGCUGUAUGGCAUGGCCGGCUCCUGCAGUGAUCUUGUCCUGGUCAACUCCUCCUGGACACUUGAACACAUCCUGUCACUGUGGCACGCCUCCAACCGCACCAGUGUGGUCUACCCGCCCUGUGAUGUCAGCGCAUUCCUGGACGUCCCGCUAGAGGAAGACGAGGACAAAAAGUGCCACUCGAUCGUCUCCAUCGGGCAGUUCCGGCCCGAGAAGGACCACCGGCUGCAGAUCAAAGCUUUCAAGAAGGUGUUGGAUCGGCGGAGGGAGGCCGCUGGGGGCAGGGAGACUCUGAAGCUGAUCCUGAUUGGCGGAUGCAGGAAUCAGGAGGACCAGGAUAGGGUGCUGAUGCUGCGGGGGCUGUGCCAGGAGCAGGGCGUGGCUGACAGGGUGGAGUUCAAACUGAACAUACCCUUCGCAGAGUUAAAAAGAGAGUUGGGCGGGGCCACUAUUGGACUGCACACCAUGUGGAACGAGCACUUUGGGAUUGGUGUCGUGGAGUGCAUGGCUGCAGGCAAAGUCAUCCUCGCCCACAAGUCUGGUGGUCCAAAGCUGGAUAUCGUGGUGCCUUUCGAUGGAGGCCAGACAGGUUUCCUUGCCGAUGACGAGGACAGCUUUGCUGAGGCCAUCGAGGAAAUCCUCAAUCUGGCGCCUGCUAGCCGCCUGCAGAUAAGACGCAACGCCCGGCAGUCAGUGGCACGCUUCUCAGAUCAAGAGUUUGAAGUGUCUCUCUUGGCCGCUAUGGAACUUCUGAUGGGGACCCUUGAACGAUAACAAGAACUGCAUGUUUGUGUUUGUGUGUGUGUGUGUAUGCGCUCUGUGACUGGAGCUUUUGAAACUUUGCACUUGGGAGACAUUCACAGUACAUUCAGAAAGUGUUGUAUUCCAACACUUAAUAUGAAAUAUUUUUUUUAUUACAGGUGUCCUCGGUUUACGACAGUUUCGUUCGUACUAUGGCGACGCAACCCGUAUUUCUACGUACCAGUUUCCCACUAAACAAUGCUAAUUUAGUAGUAAAGUCAUAAUUACAAUAACUAAGUCAUUGAAAAAUUGUUGAUACGGCAGUAUCUGAGCGUACCUUGUAUCUCAUGAUCACAUAUCCUUAUGCCGAGUUGGAAACUUGUUCAUUGUGUGCCUUUCGGAAUGUUGGGACCAUCUUAAACCCAGGAUUCCUGUAUUACAAACUUUAACGCAUUUGCAACAUAAAUGCAGAUUUAAUCACCGAGGGUCUAAAUACCUUUAUGAAUGUACUGUAUGCUGUUGGACUGAAUACUUUGCACUUUUAAGUAUUGAUUAACUGACAAUGAUCUGAAGAUGAAUUUGUAUGGAUAUGAAUUUUCACUUUAAUUGUAUAUAAAGAUUCAAUUGCACACUCAA